CCCCACUUAAGUAUCCUGUCGGCCCUGGUUAUUGGUACACGUGAUGAUUCCUAACAAAAGAUUUAAAUUUAUAAUUAUUGCAUUAUGAUAUUAUUAAAAUUUCGCAAGAUGGGUAGGUAAUGAAAAAUGGUAAGAUGCAAUCAGAAAAAUAUCUUCAGCUAACAUUGGCUGUAAUUAAGCCGCAUAUCGUUAAAUCUCCCUUUGUGCUUCAGAAAAUUCGAAACUUAAUUAUUGACAAUAAUUUGAAAAUUGUCAGAUCACGCAGGUCAAUAAUUACCCAAGAAGAAGUAACGCUAUUUUACGAAGAGCACAAAGAAAAAUUCUUUUACAAUCGUCUGUUGACGUUUAUGUGCAGUGGUCCUUCUGAUAUUCAUAUUUUAGCUGAUUAUGAUGCUAUUAUUAAGUGGAGACAAUUAAUGGGACCCACAAGAGUUUACCAAGCACAGUAUAUUGCUCCUGAUACUAUUCGCGGAAUGUUUGGUUUGUCAGAUACAAGAAAUGCAACACAUGGAUCUGAUUCAGUUGAAUCUGCCAGAAGAGAGAUUUCAAUAUUUUUCAAGGAUUUUGAUAUCAGAAGAUGGUAUCAAAAUGAAGAAAGAUAUUAUAGUUUAGGACAGCUUCAGUUUGAUCCAGUUGCGUUUGUACAUACUAUUGAUAGAAAUUUAAUGAAUAGAAAUUGAUAAGAAAGAUGUGACAGAGUGAAUACAAAUAGAAUAC